GUGGGGAUAGGCUGGGUGAAGUGAACGCUCUUGCGGCGCAUGAAAAGGCAGAUGUGAAGGCUUGGACAGGUGCGGGUAAGAGGACUGAUGUGAAGCCUUUUGAGACACCUCAGGGAGCGGAUUCUCUGGCCUGGACUGCAGCAGGUAAGUGGGCGGAGGUGCAAUGGAGUGCUGAAGACGAGAGGUGUCUGCUUGCCGCUACUCAAGAGUUGGAUGGAGAUUUUGGGGGCGAAUUGAGUGGUUUAGGAGAGGGUUUGGGAGAGGGUUUUGAUGGGGAUUUGGAAGGGUGUUUGGGUCAAGAUUUAGGGGAUUUUGGGUUUGGGGAGGCGGAUUUUCUUGACUUGCCUUGGGCAGAUGUGGUUGUUCCGGGUGUGGCUGUGGCGAAUGGUGCCGCUGCUACAAGUGUGACUGAAUUGCCAGGUACUGCUGCUUCUCAUGAUGUGACUAUGGCACAGGAGGCUGUCACAGGUGUGACUGUAUUAAAUGUGACUGGAACGCAGGUUUCUGCUUCUCAUGAUGUGAUUGUGGCACAGGGGGCUGUCACGGCUGCAGCUGCUGUGAAUGUGACUCUAGCAGGUGUGGCUGUAGUACAGGGGCCAGAUACAGAUGUGACUGCUGUGAAUGUGGCAGUAGCAGGUGCGGAGGAGGCACAGGGGGCUGCUAAUGGUGCUGUGGCUGUGACUGUACUAUUUGCCCUUCCGUCCCUCCCCAGUUCCCCCUCAGAUGUAUUUCAACACGCCUGCCCCACGUUGACUUCAACUCUAAGCGCCCCGUCCCUUCUCUCCCUCCCUUUCCCUUUACUUUCGUCUCACGCCGUUGCUAUCGUCGCACCUCCCUCAGAUGUAUUCCAACACGCCUGCCGAUUUCAACUUCCAUUUCAACCGCCCUCCACCCCUUUUUCUUCUGUGGCUUCCCCCCGUGAUCCCUUCCCUUUCAGAUGUACUGGCCUGUCCCUUCAGAGCACGUUCUUGGAAGUUUCAUGGCCACCUCCUUUACGAGAUGCGUGCAUUGAUGCCUCUUUCCUUCCUAGAAGCUGCAAGGAUGCUUCCCUUCCUCCCCCUUCGGAUCUGCAAUUUGCACAGUUCGCUUCACACUCCCGAAUGACCAAGUACGUUGGCCGUUCGGCCGUCUACUACUGUGGUUCGAGGAGGGAAGCAACUCCCGAUGUCUGCAUGGCAUCACCCUUCCCGUCCCUGUCUGCAUUCGCAGCACACCUGUCACACGAAGUUGACAUCAUGUUUCCGGUUAUCCACGGAAAAUUUGGGGAGGAUGGGGGCAUACAGGCACUGUUGGAGCAGCAUAGCAUUCCCUUUGUCGGCACCUCUGCUGCUGCUGCUGCUGAUUUCUUAGCACUCAACUCACAACCUUCCCACCCUCUCUCCCUGCCAGGCACUGUUGGAGCAGCAUAA